AUCAGCCAUUGCGGACCACACUCUCAACUUCACCUGGCACACUCAAGAUCACUGACAGCUGAAAGAAAGCUUCUGAGGAUUCUUCAGAGAUGGCAAAGGUGUUCAAGAAGACAAGUGGAAAUGGAGGGCUGACCCUCUUCUUGGGGAAGAGAGACUACGUGGAUCACAUGUCCUCUGUGGACAAAGUUGAUGGUGUGGUGAAACUGGACAAAGCAGAUUUUGGAGACAGAAAAGUGUUUGUGCAGCUGGCAUGUGCCUUCCGUUACGGUAGCGAAGAUCUGGACGUGAUGGGCCUGUGCUUCAGGAAAGACAUCUGGAUCCAGCACGUCCAGAUCUACCCGGAAGACCACAAGCCCACUCUGAGCCCCAUGCACGAGACCCUGAUGAAGAAAGCCGGGGACAACGCCGUCCCUUUCUCUUUUGAGAUUCCCAACAACCUGCCGUGCUCAGUCUCUCUGCAGCCUGGGCCCGAUGACAACGGCAAGGCUUGUGGUGUCGACUUUGAGGUCAAAACGUACCUGGCCAUGGUCAAAUGUAGCCCAGAUGAGAAGAUUCAUAAGAAGGACACUGCUCGCCUUAUCAUCCGUAAAGUCCAGUUUGCUCCCUCUCAGGUCGGCCAAGGGCCCAAGGCGGACAUCUGCAAGAGCUUCAUGAUGUCUGACAAGCCUGUACACCUGGAGGCGUCAAUGACGAAAGAUCUCUACUUCCACGGUGAAGCGAUCCCAAUCAAAGUCAAAAUCAACAACGAGAGCAACAAAACAGUGAAGAACAUCAAAAUCACCGUUGAGCAAACCACAGACAUUGUCCUCUACUCAGCGGACAAAUACACCAAGACUGUCCUCUCCCAAGAGUUCGGCGUGUCGGUGGAUCCCAGCGGCACCUACGAGAACACCAUGACCAUCACUCCUGUGCUGGCGGAGAACACGGAGAAAAGGGGUUUGGCGCUGGACGGACGGCUGAAGGAUGAAGACACUAACUUGGCCUCGUCCACCAUGCUGCGGAAUGUCGAUAAAGAGGUGUUGGGAAUCCUGGUUUCCUACAAGAUUAAAAUCAACCUCAUGGUGGCCGGAGGAGGUCUGCUGGGCGGCCUCACCUCCAGUGACGUCUCAGUGGAGCUGCCAUUGAUGCUCAUGCACCCUAAGCCUGAAGAGUAAAGAUCAUUUGUCUUGAAAAAUAAUCCCCCUGUAGUCAAAAGAGGAUGUUACCCUGGAGAUUCAGAGGAAACCUGCAUAACAACAGGACGACAACAAA